ACUACAUAAACCAAGUCAACACCUUAUGAACAUGAAGACCUUUAUGACAUGAGAAGGAAAACAAGUAUUCAUUUUGCUAAUAUUUAGUCUGGUCCGAAGGAUGAAAUGUAAAUUAGAAUUGUUUUCCCUUUCUCAACAUAUGUAUCCUUUUGUUGUUGUUCCAUAUGUUUCCAUUUCUUAGUUUGGGAUUUCUUACAAGCAUUCAACAGUAUUCCCAGCCAAUAUGUAUCUUGCUUCAUCUGUUCAAGUUCCUCCAGCAUAAUCUGCUCAAAAGUAAAGAUCAUUUUGGUUUGAAAGACAAUUUCCAGGAUACAAAGAUUUUUGGCAUCUGUUCAGAGCUAGCCAUGACACCACAGGAAUGAUCAGCUUUAUAAGUUCCUCAUAUCAAGUCUCAACUGGAGAAGACUGGUUUCAAGGAUGCCCGGAUAGCUCAGUUGGUAGAGAGGCCUAUAUAUAUAGAGUUUGACUCCAACCUGCGGCCCUUUGCUACAUGUCAUUCCCCUCUCUCUCCCCUUUUAUUUCUUCAGCUGUCCUGUCAAUAAAGGCCUAAAAAUGCCCAAAAAAUAAUCUUAAAAAGACUGGUUUCAAGUCUUCAUAAAUGCACAAGGUUUUUGUGAUUUUUUUUUUUUUUUGCAUGCCUAUUGUGGAACUUGUUACAUAACUUAUUUAGUUGGUAAAAUAAAUGAAUAAAUGUAACCUGAAGAAUUUCAAAGUUAUAGUGUGACACAGUGAUGUUAUUUAUGACUAGAACUGGCACCAUUUUUAACCUUUUAAGUGUUUGUAAAAUUAUUUCAGACAGACAGGUAUCCAUUAGGGAGGCAGAGAGAGGAAUUAUCCUCAGAUUACAUUUCAUGGGAAUUGAAAGUGAAAGGAAAGAGUGGAGAGAGCUGGAGAGAAGGAAAGACACAAUAGUCACCAUCUCCGUUUGCAACAGAAGCUUCUAAAACACAGAUAAAUAUUCAAGGCUGAGACGUGUGAGUUAUGGACAGAGAGGACAGAGAUGUGGAGGGCAGUCUGACUGAAGCAAAGCAGCGUAAAGACAACAUCAGAGGGAAGCCGAGUCCUGCACAACUCACACCAGCAAGACCGAGACGAAAAACUGAGCAACAACGAGCUGCAGAGGAGGGAUCCAAAGUGUUUGAGGAGUCGCUCUCCGUCUCCCCGGAGCUGACCAGCUGGAUCAAACUCAAUGCUAAAGACCUCAAGAUCCGGAUGCCCGACCGCCGAUGGGCUGCAGAGGUGGUCAACGAUUUCCAAGACAACCUGCUGAAAUUCCUGCGGAGCAGCAAUGAUCAGCCUUUCUUCCAGUCAGCUGACUUCCUCAACACCGGCAGCUACUUUGAGAAAGUUAAGAUCCACAGCCCCGAUGAGUUUGACAUGAUGCUGAAGCUUCAGGUUCCCACACGCGUCAACAUGACCGACCUCGACGGCGGCCUCUUCUACCGGCUCGAUCUUGUCCGGCCCACUCGGGGCCCCAUACAAGCCUUUCUUCUGGAGAAUGAGCGCACCCUCUCAUCGAGCAAGUUCCUGAGUGAGAUGUAUCGCCUGGUCCGCAAGUUCCUCAAGACCUACAAAGUGCCUGAUGAGGGCUGUCGCUGGGAGGUGAACAGGAAGCGAAUUCACUCGCCAGCUGUGACUUUGUCUCUGUGCAGGCCGGAGAUCAACAGUGAUGAGUUGAUCUCUGUGGACCUGGUUCCUGCUCUGGAGGUUCACUCUCAGGGCUGCUGGCCGCUCGCUGUGUGUAACGGUCCAGAUGUGGACAAGUGGCUGGGAAAGAAGGUUCGCCUAGAAAUCAAAAGUUUACCGUGUUACUUAAUACCAAAGAGGCUCAAAGGACGCAACCUCAGCGAGGACGCCAAAGAAAGUUGGAGGAUAUCUUUCUCUCACGUUGAGAAGCAAAUCAUCAGGAGCCAUGGCAACAAGAAAACCUGUUGUGAGAGCAAAGCCACCAAAUGCUGCCGUAAACAGUGCUUGAUGCUCCUCAAGUCUCUGAUUGAGGGCCUGAAACAGCGUUUCCCCAAUGAGCUGGAUCACCUCUGCUCGUACCACGGGAAGACUGCCUUCCUCCACACCCUGUCCAUCAGGUUUGACGACUCCAUGUGGGCUUGCCAGGAGCUCCCCGCCUGCUUCCUGAACCUCCUCAGGAAUCUGCAGUUUCACGUUCGCACAGGCCUCCUCCCUCACUUCUUCGUUCCUGACUACAACCUCUUCUCCGCGGCUGUCUUCCCCAAAAAAACGCUGGCUUUCCUCUUCAACGCCUUGGAGGAGCAGAGGAGGGAAGGACUGCCGCUUCUGAAGCCUCCAGCUCCUCUCCCACUUCUCAGACUAAUGAGUCCUUCAGGAGAUAACACCUCUCAGAUAUCCAGCGAUCAGUCGUCCAUUCUGACUGCAGUUUGCUCUCUGGACACUGCGUUUGUAAAUAAACUGGUCCUAGUGUUUGCUGUAGCUGUAGUUUGUAUCCUAUUACGUAUGCAAGUGAUGGGAAAUUAGGAUACACACUAAAUAUAUUAAGUAUUACAUACAAGCAUUACUUACAUACUCUCUCUUUUUAUGGAGUGUAUACAUCAAGUGAAAACAAGGUAGUAAAGGGCAUCACUUCUUAUUGAUUUGAAUUAAACUGUGACUCUAUCAAAUUUUCCAUGGUGAUAAAAGUUUUACCAUUUAUAAUGUGAAAGGAUAAUAAUUAUACUCAUGUUCAUCUUUAAUGCAGAUUGUUUCAGAAAUGUUUUAAUAUGAGCCAUUAAUCUUGCAAUUA